GGACCAGAGAGCAACGUGUUAUCCUCCUGCCGGCCUGCUAUCCCCUUCCGGUGAUAUCCAAUGCGAACCUCGGUCGACACCGUUUAACGUUGUCCCAAGAUCGAUAUCAUUAUAACUAUCCUCCGAAACGGCUGCCGGCACCGGGAUGCGGGGAUUCCCCGUCCGCGCGCGCUAAUUCCGGAUAUACUAAUCCGCCCCACUUGCUCGCACAGCAAAUUCCGAGACGAGAGAGGGAAAAGAACAGCGGAAUUCGAUACUCCUCGAUAAAUCCCCGACAUUUUAUUUAUUCCAUCCCGAAUUGGCCUCCACUGUUCCGCCCACCGCGAUCUCUCUGGAAGGCGGAGAGGGCAACGAGACAAGCGGCGACCCCUCCCAUUUGUCCAAACCCCCGACAACGGCUCUCCCUUCUCUCCCAAUCGUCGCCUUUCUCUCUCUCAUUGUCUUCCGUUUCCUUCCUCCUCUCCUCGACAACGGCUCUCUCUAAUUUCACUCUCCCCCCUCGAAAAAUUCCCAUUUCACGAUUACUCCCGCUCCUUUGUUCUCUUCUUCGCUUCCAUUCCGCCUUUUCCAGUGCUCUCUUUUCUUCUUUUUGGGCUUAUUCUCUGUUUUUCGUCUUUUUUUCCCAUAAAGAUUGAUGCCGGAUUCGCCACUGGGGGAAUGCGAGGCGAAACGGUCCUUUUUUUCGCUGGAAACGAUGCCUUUUUUGCCAUUAAGGAUUUGGGGUUUGGUUUCGGAGGUUCUUUUGGUGUUGUGAUAUUGAUUUGAGGCUGAACCGGUUCCGAUAUUGGGAUCAUGAUGAAUGGGCGAGGAGAGGAGCCCGUGUUCGAGGUGGCGAUCGUGGUGCCCAAGAGGAGGGAGAAAGAAGGCGACAAGAAUCGGGACUGCGUUGAGUUUCUUGUGCAGGAGUUGAAGAAGGCGGGCUUGAUAGUUGAAAGAGUAUGCGGGAUUUCGGAUGAAUUUAUAGAGUUGGCAGCACCACAGGAAACUUUGGGAAGAGCUGCAACUGAAUUGCAAAUAAAAAAGUUGACUUACAUUGGAAUGGAGCUACAGUUUGAGUGGGAUCAAGUUACAGCAUUUGUGAGGCAGCCAGAUGGAUCAUUGUUCAGCUGGUUUGAGCGGUUUCGCUGUUUCCAUCAUUUGCUGUAUAGGAUUGUGAACAGGGCGGAGGCAGAUCUAACAUUAAAGUUUGAUGGUAAAGAGAUACAACUUCAGAUAAAUGAAUCAUUACUAAAAAGAUUUGAAGAUGAAGGAAUUGUUAAACAAGUCUUCCCCUUGCAUGAUGAAAAAAAGAGGAAACAGCUUUUGAAAAAUUGGGCUCUUAACUGGUUCGAUUUCACAUCGCAGCCAGUUGAUGAAAUUUAUUUAUACUAUGGGACCAAGAUUGCCACAUAUUUUUCUUUUCUUGGAAUGUACACUCGGUGGCUGUUUUUUCCAGCUGCACUUGGACUUGCCCUGCAGCUGAUUGAUUUUGGAUCAAUGCAGUUAGUUGUGCUUCCUGCUUUCUUCAUUUUCAUCAUUUCAUGGGCUGUUUUUUUCAUCCAAUUUUGGAAGCGCAAGAAUUCAACACUUCUAGCCAGAUGGGGUAUAAACUGCUCACUUUCCGAGUACAAGGCCCUAGACACUGAAAGGAGUUCCUCGAACCGUGUCCAUGCAGAUCAUGAAAAGAAUUUUGAUGCCAAUAAGCCAAUAGAGAAAAAAAUAUUACAAAGAGAUGAGUGGCUUGGACUUCUACUAAGAAUAAGAAAUAAUACAAUUGUUGCAUUGGCUAUCAUUUGUCUUCAGUUGCCAUUUGAAUUGGCUUAUGCUCAUCUAUAUGAGAUCACUGAAUCUUAUAUUUUAAAGUUAUUGCUGACGGCCGUCUAUCUUUUGGCUAUUCAAUACUAUACACAGAUUGGUGGCAAAAUGUCUGUCAUUCUUAUUAAAUAUGAAAACAAUCAAGGCGAGGAGUCUAGUGCUGCCAGUUUGGUUUACAAGGUUUUUGGCCUUUAUUUUAUGCAGUCAUAUAUUGGAUUGUUUUACCAUGCCCUGUUGCAUCGCAACCUUACAACUCUUCGUGAAGUCCUGAUACAGCGCCUUAUUGUUUCUCAGGUGCUGGAAAAUCUGAUAGAGAAUGCUUACCCCUACCUCAAGUACAGCUAUAAGAAAUACAAAGCUGUUCACAAGAAAAAGCACGAGAAAGGUUCAUCAGUAGGAAAGACGAUACGCUUGGCUACCAGAGUGGAAAAAGAGUAUCUGAAGCCUUCUUACACAGCAUGCAUUGGGAAGGAGCUUGAAGAUGGCUUAUUUGAUGAUUAUCUGGAGUUGGCUUUGCAAUUUGGAAUGAUCAUGAUGUUUGCAUGUGCAUUCCCUCUUGUGUUCUGCUUCGCUAUAGUGAAUAAUAUCACUGAAAUCAGAACAGAUGCUUUGAAGCUACUUGUUAUGUUACAGAGACCUGUGCCCCGUACUUCUGCAACAAUUGGAGCUUGGCUGAACAUAUUCCAGUUUCUAAUUGUGACAGCAAUCUGCACCAACUGUGUACUGCUUGUUUGCUUGUACGAUCAGGAGGGGAAGUGGAGAAUUGAGCCUGGGCUUGCAGCAAUCCUUAUAAUGGAGCAUGUUCUCCUCCUUAUCAAAUUUGGCUUCUCUCAUUUUGUGCCGGAGGAGCCGGCAUGGGUGAAAGCAAAUCGUGUAAGAAAUGUGGUACAGGCACGGGACAUGUAUUCUAAGCAACUUCUAAGGAGUAUCUCCAACUUAGAGAUGAAGAGAAACUGAAGAAAGCAAAGAGAUUGGGAAAGGUUUCAUGUUGAUUGGUCUGAUUGAUAUGUUCUAUCUCGCCAGUCACCACCCUUUGUGGUUGUUCGGCGUUGCAACUUUGUGAUUAUCCGAGUAAGGUUUUCUAACCGCGAUUUUUGUUCCAAAGGUGAAUGUAAGAAGAAUCACCUUUUGUUAUAUCAUGUAAAAUUUUUAUUAGACCAGCUUGAGACAUUUAGUUGCAGACCAAAAACCAAAAAGAAAUGGAAAAACCAACAUUCGAUACCAGGUUUUCCCUUCA